CGGAAGACGUCAUGUUUCACGGAGGAAUUAACGAUGAUCAGGCAAGCUGCCACUUGUUUACAGCGAGUUUGUGGACCUUCCCGAUGAACCGAUGGCGACGGACAGUCUUCUUCAGCCACAUGACAAUAUCGAGAGUACCAGCGACGAGCGAGACGCGUCCACGUCGAUGCACGAGAACCUUGUUAUCAGCGAGCCGGACGAAUUAGCGACGGGUGGCCUCCCGGAGACCCCUACGAAGUUGGUGCCCGGUGCGCCCUACCCCCGCACGCUACCUGGCGAUUCGGAGGGUUUGUCCCCCGGUUUGGACGGGGACAUAACAAACAUAAAAGGGCACGAGAUCAGUCAUGCUUCGCCGUUUACUGUGUUUAGUCCGGUUGUCGGAGGGUCACAUACUGAUUCGCCUACUACAAAUACUGCGGAGGAAGACAGUAAUGAUGAUGGUGAUGCCGCUGCUACGAUCAAGGAGGUCCUGCUGAGCGCGACGAAGCUGGACUCGAAUCCGGAGGUCCCUGCUAUCGUCCCCGAUAUUACCGUCGAGCAGGAGUCGACUAUUGUGCGGUCAGCUUUGCGCAGUUCGUUGGGCGGAGAGGACGCCGAACUACUGAGCAACUUCCUCUCCAAGGCCCAGGCCAAGCGUGACGCCAAGGCUGCUGCCGCUGCCGCUGAGACCGAGGUUGCUGCUGAGAUAGAAGCUGCUGAGGCCGCAGAGAUGGUCGCAAAGAAGGCCGUGUCGGUCGAGAAGGAGGAUGAAGCCAAGAAGAUGCAGGAAACGUCACCGGUCGAGAUGCCGACUCCGCCGUCGCGGCGCGCGUUGGAGGAUCUCGACGCCAACUCGCCCUCGCCGCAAAAACCGCAGCGGGUAUCACCCACCAAGUCGCUCGAGAACGAGAAUCAAGAAAUCGGCAGCCCGCGUCGUAGCACACGUCCGCGUGCCCCACCGGUACGCCCCUCUACCGUGGCGGCUGCAGUGCGCAGCACCUUCGCCCUCCGCCGUGCCAAGGGCAACGAAUUUGUCUUCCUCCAGCGGACCGAGGCCCAGGAGCUCGCUCUGGCCACGAAACGCAAUACGCGGUUCAACAAAGGCAGCUCCACCAUGCCAAAGCAGACACUGCAUGUUCUCCAAAUUCACAAAAGCUACACCACCCCAAUCGGUGACGAUAAAGCCAGUCCUGCUCCAGUUGCCGCAGAAACUGCAAAGGCCAAGAAACAUGUGUCUUGGAACAAUAACCGACUCGUGGAGUUCGAAGGUGAAGACGCCAAUGCGACCGGUCACAAACAUGACGUCGCUGGUGUGGGCCGUGGGGUAACGCAUCAGCGCAGCACGGACAAACCCUCCGAUAUGAAAAGAAAGGCAGCCAGUGGCCGCACGACUCGGUCGCAGACGGGGCAGAAGAUUGGUGGUGAGACGGGGCCCGAUGCAGCGACUACUGCGCCCGCUACUGCAACACCGCGGGCGCGGCGCGUGCGCGGAGCGCCCGAAACCACAGCCGUCGCUACUGCUGUUGCUGUUGCCGUUGCUGCUGCUGCUGCUGCUGCUCCCACUUCUUCUCCUACCUCGUCGUCUGCAUCUUCCGGCAACGAUAGCCCCCUUGGUCAACGCAAGAAGUUGAUCCCCAAGUCCCCCAGAAAGACGCUCGAGACCCCGUCCAAGGAGAGCAGUGCCACUGCCAGCAUGACGAGCCGCAGCAGCAAGACAUCACUCCGCAGCAGUAGCACGAAGACGAGUCUGCUGAAGGUCAAUGCGGGAUCGACGCCGAUUGCCAGACGGAUUCGCUCACGCUCGUGAGGGCCGUGGAGGCGCAGGGGGUCGUGUGUGAUUGUUUGAUUAUUUGUACAUAACAUACUAGCAUGUAUGGCGUGGGUUUUCUUACUGGAUGCAUAGGAUAGGCGCUUGGGGUGUUAUCUCGUUUAUUCGGG